AUGGCCGACUACACCAAAGAAUCCCUCCAUGCCCUAGGCACUCCCGACCCAGAACUCACCGAGAUCCUCAAAAAGGCCCCCGCGCCAAACCCUGACUUAACCCUCGCCCAGCCCCGGGAGGAAUUCCACUCGCGAGAGAAAUACCGCUACACCAAUGGGCCCACACUCGACACGACCGAGUCCGUGGUGCAGAUUCCAAUGCGCGAUGGAUACACCAGCGAGACGCGCGUUUUCAAGCCCGCAGAAGCAUCGACAGGAACGCCGUUAGUGGUACUGAUAUUUGGAGGUGGAUUUAUCAAUGGCUCGAAUAUCCAGCUUGUCGCUUUCGCGCGGGCAGCUGCGAAGCUUUACGGUGCGACGGCGGUGACGCUCUCGUAUCGUCUUGCGCCGGAGUACAAGUUCCCGACUGCGGCGAAUGAUAUCUGGGAUGGCGUUUCGUGGUUGGCAGAACAUGCGUCGAGUCAGAUCGGAAAUGUAGAUCUGGCGAAAGGCUUCGUGAUCGGUGGUGUAUCCGCCGGUGGAAACCUAGCCGUCGUUACUGCGCACAAGGCCCUGAAGGACAAACUAGCUGCGCCGAUCACUGGUAUCUGGGCAUGUAUCCCGGUGUUAUUGAGCGAUUCUACCGUUCCCGAGGAGUACAAGGACCGCUGGUCGUCGCGCGUACAAAACGCAAACGCACCGCUCCUCAAUGCCCAAUCCAUCGAAGCCCUCCGACAACUAUACCAACCCGACGAGAGCUCCCCAGACUACACCCCCUUCCCGAACCCAGCGGAUCUCUCCUCCUUCUCGAACAUCCCUCGCACGCACGUCCAAGUCGCCGGCCUGGACCCCCUCCGCGACGACGGGUUGAUCUACGAAAAGGCGCUAAGGGAUCGCGGCGUUGAGACCAAGUUGGAUGUGUAUCCUGGUGUUCCGCAUGCGCAUUUCUCAGCGCUGCCGGGGUUGAAGGCAUCGUAUCGGAGUAGGAGGGAUACGCUGGUUGGGAUUGGGUGGUUGUUGAGGAAGGAGGUGGAUAUUAAGGCUGUGGAAAGCGUGGAGGAAGCGUGGGAGCCGGCAUUGCUUGGGGCUGUUCGCUGA